CACAUUUUGAUCGAUUUUCGAUAAACGGAAAAAACUAAUGAAUUUACACAUUAGAAACUUUAAAAACUUCAAAAAUGUUUUAAAUUAUGAUUUGAUAACUUCAUACUACCCUCCGUAUUACUUCUUUAAACCGCUUUAAAUUUCAGUCGCGCCUUUAAUUUUAUUAUUUCUCGUGUUAAACCCAGCGAAAAUGAGUUUGGUCGGGAAAAAGUGCGAAUCGAUAACUUUACUUGAAUCCAGUAAAGACGAAAUAAAGCCUUGCAAUGUUACUCCGGACGACGUGUUGAGGCUGGACAGAAUCACCGACACAUAUCUCUGUAGCCCUGAAGCUAAUGUAUACGACAUAGAUUUUACGAGGUUCAAAAUACGUGAUUUGGAGACUGGGACUGUUUUGUUUGAGAUAGCUAAGCCUCCGACUGACUUUGGAGUUGACAACGAAGGUGCUGAGGAUGCUCAGGAAGAGCCGUUGGAUCCCAAUGCAGGUAGAUUCGUGAGAUACCAGUUUACGCCACAGUUUUUGAAGUUGAAGACAGUUGGAGCAACUGUGGAAUUUACUGUCGGUGCUCGUCCAGUGAGCCACUUCAGGAUGAUUGAGAAACAUUUCUUCAGGGAUACGCUGCUCAAGACUUUUGAUUUCGAAUUCGGCUUCUGUAUUCCAUUUUCGAGGAACACAUGCGAACACAUUUACGAAUUUCCAACACUGCCACCUGAUUUGGUGGAAGAAAUGAUAGCGGCUCCAUUUGAGACGUGCUCCGAUAGCUUCUACUUCGUGGACAACCACCUGGUGAUGCAUAACAAGGCUGACUAUGCAUAUAACGGAGGUAUAAAUAACUAAGGAAAGUAUUCACUUUGGCCUUUUAUCUCUAAAUUUAUUGGUACAGGCACUAAUUGUUUCACUGUUUUGAAUGUUUUUUGCAUUCGUUAGAUUUUUAAAUUUUACAGUAAUAAAAUUACAAAACUACUUGAUUUUAAAUGGAAGUUCUGAAAGAUAAGGGGCAUUGAUUCAGGGCUCUUGACUAAAAAGGAAACAUUCCAUUUUGAAAUUUUUCCAAAAACAUUCCAAAAACGUUACAAAAUGUUAUGUUGUGUCAGUCAAUACUACUACAGGUAUUGAUAUUAUCUAGACUGAAGUGGGUGUGGCAUGAUCUCUCAUUUAUUUGUUGGUUUCUACACUUAGUUGACACUAUUUGGCACAUAAAAUUUGAUGUAUUCUACACCUAUUCCAUAGGCAAUGUGGUGUGAAACACUUUUUGUAUUUUAAAUAGAGUAAGUGAGUGCUUUGCACAGAUCUGAAUAAAAUCUAGUCAUAUAAUAAGGAUAUAAGUUUUUAAAAUUAUUCGGUUUGGUUAUUACAUUUGUAUUUAUAAAGCAGCUGCAGUUAAAACAAGCAAAGAAUACAGGGAUUGGGAAUUGGUGAAAUUGUAAAGAAAAAUGCUGCCUUGGAAAUGUUCAUUAAUGUCUAAUUUCAAAUAUGUUUUAAAAUAUUGUGAUUGAUAUGCUUUAAAAUUUAAAUUCUAGAUUUCGUCAACAUUGAAAUGUAUGUAUGUAUAUGUACUUAAAAUUAUACAAGUGAGUGAAUAUAAAAACUUAACUGAUGUCCUCUUAAAAAUUGAACACUAUUUUGGAUUUUAGUCCUUAUUUCUGGACCUAUUGUCAUAAAAAUAAAAUCUUUAUAGAUUUACCCAAUAGGUACAUUUAAGGGGUAAUAUUUAUUUUUACUGUAUUCUAAAUGUGUCUUAUUAUAAUACUAAUUUUAAAUUAUGUAUCAUUCUAAAUUUUGAUUCUAAACAAUAUUAAUUUGAACUUUACGGACGGCUUUUUAUAUUACUUACCUACGAGAAUGGGUUCAGCUAGUUCGCAUAAUCAUGGCUAGUGGGUAAACUGAAAAUUCAUACUACCUACUAGGCGUUGCGCGUGGCGUGUCACGUACGUGUCACGUUUAUACAGGUGUAAAUAGACCGACGCCGUAGCUUAGUGGUCAUGUUUUCAUAGAGAUCUAACAAAAUAACUAAAUAAAUGUUGGCGCGCUUUAUUCUAAACUUUUGGACAUCCUUUUCUCAUUCAUAAAUGGAAUAACUGUAAUCAUUUUUUUUUUAGUUUUCGCUCAGCAUUAAAUAGCUCAAAUAAAGAUUUUCCAAAUUAACUAAAUACCUAUCGCCACCGAAACUUCGGCGUCGUUCUAUUUAUAAAAAAUCCUGUAGAAAAAGUACAAGAUAAUGACAUACAUAAUCUCCGCCAACGCAGUCCUCUUGUGUGGGAAAUUGAUUUAUUUAAAUUACAUAAAAAGCGUAAUGAAAUCGGGAGCCACAACAGUUAUUUAGUUAUGGAACUUUAAAUUCUGCCCAUGCCGUCCAAAGCCUUGUUGAUUUAAACAAGUGCCCUUGCUUUAAUGUGAAUAUUUAAAAACUAAAAUACGAACUAAAUGUGUUCACUAUUUUAUGUAAAAUUAUUGUCUUUGGUUUUAAUUUUUGUAGGUAUUAAUCUACCUAUUAAUGUAACGUCGAAGUAUUUUGUGCGUGAACAGCAAAAAAUAAUGCAUGUUUUUUUCUCUUUUAAUCUUCCUUGAAUGAAAAGAGGAUUAUGAAUAAUAAAUAUGUUAAAAAUGUUUUAAAUAGGUAAUUUAUUUUUUAAUUAUGUACACAUUUGUGGCCAUUGCUUAUAUUUAAAUUAAUGCGGUACCCGUCCCCCGUCUGAAUUACUAUCCAAUGUUAUUAACAUUUUUGCAAUUUGGUAUCUUUUCUUUUGUAUUAAAUAAAAUUAACUCAUCAAUUUAACACAUGGCAGCUUUACUUGUCUAUGCUCGAAAGCUAAAUGCAUGUUCAGGGAUUUCCCCGCAACAAUUGACAUUGAUUUUUUUCUCGCUCUCACACUACGUUUUAUGGUUAGUACAAAAAUAACCGUAGCGGAGGUAUUAUCGCACUUAACUUGUCUAAAGAUUAAUAAAUCUAAAUACAUAAAUAGCUCCUUGACAGGGGAAGCACCUACCUACAUACUUUCACUAAUCUGUGACUUUAUGGCAGGGGUAGGGUUGCCAUCCGUCCGGGGAGCGUCCGGGUGGGGUUUCAUUUUGUUGUCCGGGUAUAAAAAACAAUGCCGGGCGAUACGACUACGUUUUAUAAAAACUGUCAUUUUAGAGAUGGCAACCCUAGGCAGGGGCCUCGGGUUUUAAUUUUAUUUUCGUAACAUUUUUUCAUUAAAUGAAGAGGGAAAGACAUUACAUAAAUAUGUAUUAUGCUGAACCUAAGUAGUAGAACCGGACCCCACUUUAUGAAUUAGAUGCUGUAGUGCUAUGGUAUAAUACUUAGUUUAAAUGGUAUCUGGCCACGACAUAGCUCGUUAAGACUAUAGAUAUUAUACCCCUAUGUUAUUUAUGUCUAUUUAAAUUCGAACAAUAAUGUGAUAUCAGAUCGGAGCUUCACUUACAAAGACUAUUAUUAUUUGGUCCUCAAUUAUAUUAUGGCAUGGAUUGGUCCUUGAAUACAAAUGUAACUUAAAUUCGCUGCAUGAAUUCAAUUCCAAACGGUUAUUGUUAAAAGAAAAAAUAUUAUUAAUCAUAGUUUCACCAUCUUUCCGUAAUAAUAUUUUAUUAUUUGAUGGACACACGACACACGUUUAUUUAUUGUAGUUCAGAUUUCAAUUCAAUUAUGUAUUUUAUUUAUUUUUUAUUUCCAUGUAAUCUUUAAUUAUUUAGUUUAUACUGCGAAAUAGAAAACUUUUUCUUAUUUUAAUCAAAUAUAAUUAUAAAAAUAGACUAACUGUACUAGAUACUAUAUGAUUCCAUUAUAACCUGUGACUUAUUUUAUUCAUGUACUAUCGGCAACAGUGUUAACUGCCCAUUGCCGGUCAUGUUGUCGAUUAGAGCAAGAGCUAAAA